AGGCGGCGCUCGGCGGGUUGCGGCCAGUGCUGAUCCCACCUCCCCUCUGGACGCUGCUGCUGCUUCUGCGGUCUCGACGCUCCCGCUGACCGGGCCCGGCCAUGGCUGACCAGCUUACUGAAGAACAGAUCGCAGAAUUCAAGGAGGCCUUUUCCCUCUUUGACAAGGAUGGGGACGGCACCAUCACCACAAAAGAGCUCGGCACCGUGAUGCGCUCCCUUGGGCAGAAUCCCACCGAGGCGGAACUGCAGGACAUGAUCAACGAGGUGGAUGCGGAUGGCAAUGGCACGAUCGACUUCCCUGAGUUCCUGACCAUGAUGGCGAGAAAGAUGAAGGACACGGACAGUGAGGAGGAGAUCCGGGAGGCCUUCAGGGUGUUUGAUAAGGACGGGAACGGCUACAUCAGUGCGGCGGAGUUGCGCCACGUGAUGACGAACCUAGGGGAGAAGCUCACCGACGAGGAAGUGGACGAAAUGAUACGGGAGGCGGACAUUGAUGGGGACGGGCAGGUCAACUAUGAAGAGUUUGUUCAGAUGAUGACUGCGAAGUGAGCCCUGCGGAGUGGGUGGCUGGCAAGGCCCAUUCUCCUUCGAUACUUUUCUCCAACACACUCUCUCUACUUAAGUAACCUGGUUCUCUACGCAAACAAUCGGCUGUGGAAUAAAUCUGACCAAGCAAUUAAAAAGAAUCCUUCCCAAGCUGCAUGAUUGCACUCCUCUCUCCCUCCUCUUCUUGCUCUUUUCCCCCUCCCUCCCUCCCUCCUUCCUUCCCCCCUCCCUCCCUCCCUCCUUCCUUCCUUCCUGGCGCAUCCCUUGAAAUCCCCGAGAGUUCCCCGGCCUUGCGGAUGUCUUUGUUUCCAUCGGGUAUUCUGUUCUGCAGUCAGGGCUGGCCCUUCUCCCAGGGCGCAGAUUCUUUCUCUUUCUUCCGAGAAUCCACAUGAUGGGUGGAGAGAGCGCAAACCCUUCUUCAUCGUGUUGCAUGUGUCUGGCACUGUGGUCGUGCGCAUUGACAUGGCGGUCGCCACCGAAGGUCUUGCCCCGAGGAACAUCGGGGGCACAAGGAAGAAAUUGGUUUUUUUCUUAGUUUUCUUUGGAGGGCGGGAGGGGAAGCCAUCCCUCCACCUGGGUGCCUGUGGCUGAAGGUGGGUUCCAGAGAGCUCCAUCAGCGUGAUCUGGGGAAGAGGCUGAUCGAGGGGAGGGGAGGGGAGGGGGGCGUCCGACACUGUCCGAUUGGCUCUUUGACAAACAAAAGCAAACUCCACCGCCCACACCUCCGACCUCUGUCUUGUCCCGAACCCUGUAUAAAUUGUAAAUGCCCCGACAGUUUCCUACGCGUGUCCAGACACUAGAGCUGCUCUGUAAAUAUCUGAUGCUGCCCCCCCUUGGGGUGGGCCCCAUGAGUGGCGACGGCGGAUGCUUUUGACUGGCAGCUGGAGGGGGGGAGGCGUUGGAACGGAACCGCAAUAAAACGGUGGAGCCGCUGCCGAGCGAGGGGCCGACUGCGCCGGAGCGCCCUCUCCUCUCUGCCCGCCUUCCGUGUGCAAUGCUUUUUUGUAGUGGCUCGACUUAACGCUUGUGCCGCACCUUGGCUUUGAUGUCCGUGCUCUUUGACGCUGCUUCCUUACUCGGCCUGUCCCCCACUUUCCUUGCGGCAAACAGCAUGAGCCGCGAACUUGCUUCUCUUUUUCACUUUUAUUUUUUAAUCAAUAAAGUUUUGGAUGGAAAAUCGCAACAAACAGAAUUUCCCUAAAACCGGGUGAAAGAAGAGUGCUUUGUGUAGUCCGUGGCGGAUUUGGCCGCGCCUCCUUGGAUUCCUGACUUCGGUGCCUCUGUGGCAGCAGACGUGGCCCGAGCGCUUGGGAAAGGGGGUGUGGGGGAGUUUGGAGUAAGACUGUCUUUGAAAGCAGGUGGUGUUGUGUUCAGUUCAAGCUGUGAAAAUAAAAUAUCAAUGUUUUCCAAUAAAAUGCAGUGACUACCUGAAA